AAAAGAGAUCAAUAUAGGGAGCCGUUACAACUUCGUCUUAAACUUAUAACUACUACUACCACUGUUUUUGUUUUUGUGCGUCAAAAAGUAAACGUUGUUAAAUAAGUGUUGCGGAAGAACGGUUAGAAAAUGUUCAAAAAGCGAGCAGGCCAAGGGGGCGGAAUUCGGAAGAGGAAGACAGAAAGUGACAAAAGCAGCAGUGAAGAUGAAACUGUUGUGGUGAAGAAAGGGCGGAAAAUGGAUUACAAUAACCCAUUAAUUCAGCGUAGCAAAAAUAGAGGCAGCAAGUUCAAUGCAGAGGAACACAGUUCAAGUGACGAGAGUGAUGGGGUGGGGUCAGCAUAUAAAUCUCGUCGGACAGGGGAGAGAGAAGGACCAGCUGACAUGGGUGCUACAUCCACCAUUCAGUUUGAAACGGAGAAAGACCGUGAUGCUCAAGCAAUAUUUGAAAGGUCACAAAAGAUUAAUCAGGAAUUAAAAGGUCAAGCAGAUGAUAAGAUAUACAGAGGCAUAAAUAACUAUACUGAGUUCUUUGAGAAGAAAGACACAGCACUGGGCAACGCUGCCAAAGGAGGAGUGCGGAAAGGACCCAUUCGAGCACCGGAUCACUUGCGAGCAACCGUGAGAUGGGAUUACCAACCUGAUCUUUGCAAAGAUUAUAAAGAAACUGGAUUCUGUGGCUUUGGAGACAGCUGCAAGUUCCUCCAUGACCGCACUGACUACAAGUUAGGAUGGCAGCUGGAAAUGGAGUCUUCCAAAAAAAGAGGGGGGGCAGGUGACAGCGAUUCAGACGAGAACUGGGAAAUACCAAGUGAUGAUGAACAUUUACCUUUCAAGUGUUUCAUAUGCCGAGAAUCCUUUGUUGAUCCUGUGGUAACCAAGUGUCAACACUACUUCUGUGAAAAAUGUGCUCUUGAACAAUUCAAGAAGACCAAACGUUGUUAUGUGUGCGCAGAAAAUACUGGGGGCUUAUUUAAUCCAGCCAAAGAACUCAUUGCAAAGUUGAAAAUGGAGGAGGAGGAGGAAGUUGAAGAAGGACCUGAAGGCGAUGAAGAAUUUCCUUCACAGCUCAUUCAGGGAUCCCCCUCAGAAUCAGAGGUUAAAGAGGACGAUGAUUUGACAGAGAACGGAGAUUAUCACGAGGACGGGCAGCGUGAUGGAGCAUCCCCGCAGCCCCCUGUCGGGACAGGCGCGCGACGAAAGCGCAAAAAGAAGAAAAAGAAGGGAAGGGCCAAAGUUGCUGCCAGCAGUGAAGAUCACAUGGAUAAUGAAGGAGAUGAUUUUGACACUAUACUGAAAGAAGUCAAGGCAAUCUCAGGGGAAUCACUGGAUAAGUCAACUGUAGAUAAAACUUCAAACGAUAGACUCAAGAAAGGUCUGUUAACUGUCGAGCACAAGCAUCUCAAUCCACAAAAUGAGAUGAAGAGGAUAUUUGGCUCAAGAAUUGUUCAAGCAAAUGAGAAUAACAGACGACGAGGCAGAGUAGGGAGAUCUCGUUCAACAUGGAUAGUCCAGGGUCAAACGCACUGGGCACAGCAUCCUAGAGCUGGUAUUUCUAUGGUGUUGGUAGAAUCAGCACCUACAUAUCAAGUUUUUAAAUAUGUCCACAGUACUUCAUACCAGCAAUUCCAGUUCAAGUUUUUAGAAGCCGUUGAAUCCUUGAACCCAGAAAACAUUAUGACCCUUCUUAACCGUGAACCUUUCCACGUAGAUACAUUACUCCAAGUAUCCGAAAUCUUUCGGUUAGGUGAUGACUCUUCAAUGGCAGCACAGUUGAUAGAAAGAGCACUGUAUGUUUUGGAAUCCUCUGCUCAUCCAUUAUUUAAUAUAACUACAGGGUCCUGCAGACUGCAUUACCGACAGCAGGAAAACAGGAGCUUCUUCAUCUCACUUUUCCGCCAUAUUUUGAAUGUGGGGCAGAAAGGAUGUUACAGAACAGCAUUGGAAUUGUGCAAACUGUUGCUCAACCUCUCGCCUGAAGAUGACCCACUGGCUGUCUCUCUGAUGAUUGACUUUUAUGCACUUCGAGCUCAGGAGUAUAGUUGGCUUGUAGCACUUUAUGACUGGUAUGAGCCAACAAAGAAUCUUUCUAUGCUACCAAGUUUUGCCUUCUCAGUCCCUUUGGCUUUGUUUCAUCUGAGUGAAGGUGGGGAUGUUCCAUCAGGGAAAGACAAAAGAGAGUCCACUAAAGCAGCUGCCUGGGCGGAGGAUUUGGGAACUCCAGAGGAGAUGCGGGAAAGAGCAGAUGGCAUGCUUCAGAGGGCACUGAUAAUGUUUCCAGGAGUUCUUAUGCCUCUUUUGGAUAAAUGCAAUGUCCAACCAGAUCCUGUUGUUGCAGCUCAUGCAUUCUUUGGUCCUGCAGCACAGAAUGAUCAGAGCAAAGGUCUCAGUCAAAUAGUAAACCUGUAUGUUGGAAGAUGUUACCAUGUGUGGAAAGAAGCAGGUGUCAUGAGUUGGUUGGAAGAAAAUGUGAGUGUAGUAGUUGCCAGAGUUGAUAGUGGUGAUCCACUGGUUAAAGAAGGAGAGGAAAUAAGAAAAGUACGUUACCAAGGAACUCCACUUGCAAUUUAUCGCCACAUACUUAUGGCAGAGAUUAAAGAUGCUACUGCAGCUCUGCCUUCUGCUCUAGCAAAUACCCCUGUCAUGAGCUUCGAUCCGCUUCCCCCACCUGAUUCAGUAUGUGGUUACAGUAGGCCUACAGUCCUUGGUCAAUCUGGAGCCAAUUCUUCAAACAUACUUGCAACUUUCUUCCGUUCCUUACUUCCAAAUUAUGACCCCAGUGCUUCAGAAAAUGAGAGACACUUGGAAAACGUAGUAGCUGCAGCAGCAGCUGGUGGUGCAGCAGGAGGUGAGGAUGGAGAACAGGGCGAUGCGCACGGCAUAGGAGACCUUCGAGCUUCGGUUAAUACGCUUCUUGAUGCGAUGAGAGAUUUACUCUCCAACAUCCAUCUGCCCGAACCCCCUGGGAAUGAGGCGGAUCAGUCUGAAGACGAGAACCACGAAUGGGAUUAACGCUGCGAUAAAGAUUUAAGGGGGAAUUUGGUCAGAAGGUCCUCAAGUCAUGACUUGAGUGUGAUUUGAAGGUUACUGUUGUAAUACACUUCUGUAAAUAGUUUUCAGCGUUUGAAAUCGGGGAAAGAUUCUCAUGAGGCUGCUGAAUUCUUAUGACAUACCUAUUGACUGAAAGUUCAUAUUUUCAUUAUUUUACAGUGCAUCUGAAUGUUUCUAUGGCACAAAAUUUUAACAUGGCAAUACUUAAACAUAUAAUCAGGUUUUAUUGUUUACAGAUUGUAUACUAGACGUGCGUUGUUGCAUUUGAGAGUAUUGUUUUAUUUAGUUAUAUGUAGUCCGGGACUCCAUUAAACUCUCUCAGGUAUUCUUAUAAACAGCCAGCGUUACUUUAGAUCUGUGAUAGACUUGUGGAAUACAGAGAAUGGUUAAUGGUUAUUUAGCAAAACCAAAAAGAUAAACUUUUAUAAAAUACAGUAUAGUAUAAUUAGUUGCUACCUUUCAUGUUUCAUCACUGAUUACUGGAUUCAUGGAAACAUUAUUAUUUUGAUGACAAAUUUUGCUGGCCUAACAAUAGGCUAUUUUCUCUCUUUCCAUAUGCAUUCGCAAUGACUUAACUUGGCCCUGGGUUAUAUAAUCUGAUUUAGGAGUUUUCAUCCUUAUACUGUUCAUUUCAUAAGAUUAAUGAAUUGAAAAAAUUUCUGCAAGCAAAAUUUUCAGUAACAAUCUCAAAUCACCUGAUUUUUAAGUAGGUAAAUAUGCUCAGUUCACCACAAUCUCAUGUCUGGCUGGAUAUUGCGCUUUGAUGGGAAUUCACAAAAAUCAGUUUUGACAUUUUAUACUGCAUCAGUCAGGCAGCUAACUGUUGCCUCUGUCAGCAUUGACUGAUUGCUGAGAGGAUAAAGAUCCAGUGUAAUUCAUUGUGUGUGACUGUAUAUGAGAGUACAGUGUUUAGGAAAUGUCUGUCAAGGGUAACACAAGUGUGUCAUAGCUGCUAAGCCCAAGAACUUGUGUAAGAGGUUGUUUCUUGAUGAUAUUCUUUUUGUGGUGAAGCUAGUACAUACAUAAAUUGACAGUGAUUGGAAGGAUACAGAAAUGAUUUGGACAUGUAUUUCACACAACCCCUGGGAGAAUAGUAUGUGAUCCAUCAGGUGGGUUCUUAUGGACACCAGAAGUUGGAAGACCCAGACUUACUUGGGUGAGAACUACUAUGAAGUGGUAGGCAGGAUAUUCUUGGAAGAUAGAUAACAGGAAACACAAGAGUGGUUGGAUUUCACCAAUGCGCUUUUUUACCACAUGGCGUUGGAAGUAAUGACGCUGCAAUAUUGUAGAUAUAUUCGUAUAUAGUUAUUUAAUUUUUUUUAUGACACUUUGCUUUAUAAUUGGCUAUGAUGGGAUGCAACACAUUCAUACACCCAGGGCCAAUUGUCUUCUUGCUCUUUGUAAUUGGUCUUUCAUCGAAACUGCCGUAAAGUUCUUAGGGAUAGGAAGUACGUAUAAGAUAUCUGAAAGAAAACGAAGUCUGGUAACUUCAGUGUUUUCUAUAGCGUGUGCUGGCAUUAGCUAUGAUAUUUUCAAGCCAGUAUCUCAUAAUAUUUUGGUCUGUUCAUUUUAGGGACUUGGCAUAAUCGCGUUUGCAUUGCAUUAAUAUUUGCAUAUCAGCCUUGUCUGUCAUAUUCUUAUGAAACUAAAGUGAUGUACUGUAAAGGUGUGUGAUGUGCUUGUAGCUAUUUAGUAAUCAAGGGUCAAAGAAAAAUCAAAAUGAUUAAAUAAGUGGAAUUUGAGCUUCAUUAAAUCCUAAUUUAACAUUACUGAAGCCUCUCUUGUGUUUCGUCCAAAAAAAACCUGCGACCCAGCAAGCUAGAUGUUUGAAUAAACUUCAUAUUAAAUUUGAAUAUCACCUUAUUUAUUUGUAUAAUUUUACAGCUUGUGGUAUGUAUUUUAUUAGUUUUGUACAUCAAUCAAUCAUGAAUAUAAGAGACGUUAUUUUAUUUAGUCCUGAUAAGUGUAACACACCCCAUGAAAAUUUUUAAAAGAGAAUUGAUUUUUUCAUAAAGACCUUUUACUUGUAGUGCCCAUUUUGUUUGCCAUAAAGUAUCCCAAGCAGCACUCAUUUUGUUUAUUGUAAAAUGUCUCUUGACAAAGAUACUCCGAGGGAAGAAGAAUCACUGAUGUGCAUACAUAUUUUGCAUUAGAAAAUGAAUCUUGAGUAUUUAGUUGCCGAAGUGAAUUACGUAUUCUUAAUUUGUUGAUUUUUCAAUAAAUAUAUUCUACAUUUAUCAAAUAGAA